UAUUAACCACGAAUUCCAUUUCUUAGAUCACUUUGAUUUCGUAACCGCUUCGAGUUAAACGGUGUUUAUUCGAAAAUUCGCAUUUGUGUAAUUUCUCAGUAUUAUUUCGAAUGUGCGUUACUAUGUCGAUAUGAAGAGUAGUACUUUUGAACAUUGAGACUUUUUUCCGAAUCGAAAACGACGACGGCGAUGUGGUAGAAAGAAUACCCGAAUAUCUAUUCGUUUGAAAUACACACCGGUUUCAAAAUGAAGAAUCUAUUCAAAUUGGUGUUCUUUCUCAUCGCUUACUCGUUAAUCAUAAAUGGAUCAUCUCAAAACCCUAACGACGAAUCGCAAAUACACAUAAAGCCCAUAAAACCGAUAAAUUUCGAUCCUCGAGCUCGAGUUGGCCAUAAUGCACCAUCCGAUCGACCCCCGAAUGGAGGUGAUGAUAAAUUACGAAAUCAUUUCCCGUACAUGUCCGGCUACGAUGACAGUUUGAUACUCAGACGACGUCCCAAAUCAUCCGAAUCUUUAUCAGUGCACGACUUACUCAGACUACGUCCGUCCACUACGAAGCCUCCACUCAGCACCGUCAGCCUCAACUCUGUACAAUGGCACAGCAAACUCCAAGAUUUCUUCCGGACAACCAUUCAAUCGGAAUACGUGCCAUUUUUCGAAUGGAUGUGGAAAGCUCUAGAUAAUGGUACUCUGGAUAAAAACCAUUACUAUCCGGCUAUGUUCAAAGAUAAACGAUUCAAGGCUCCACUGAAUCCUCAAAUAACCGCCGAUUUGCCCUUCCCUAAUGGCUGGGGUCAGAUGUAUUUAUACUUGAAAGAUCUCGAACACUAUCGUAAACAUCCUACCACCAUGAAACCGACCACUCUGCCUGCUGAUCCGGAUAAACGUCGAGCUGUAUCGUUUUUCAGACGAACUUUCCCAGCUCACUACGAUAACUACUAUAAAUGGCUUUACGAAAACGUUCACGAUUACAGCGGUGCUCGAAAAAGGGUCGACUACUGCGAUCAAAAAGGUCUGACUGAUUUCGAUUUCAGUAUGUUGCUCAAAUCCACCCCGUUUCGUAUACCUCCUCGGCACCGGAGAUUUUUCGUCAUGAUUAACGACGUAGAACGUCGCAUAUCCUCGACAGCACAUCACUACUGGCGUUCCACCACUCGAGACUUGUACCAUAUUAAUCAGCAGAUGGACAAAUCGUACUUAGGAGACCACGUCCGAACGAGCAGAAAACGAGAAGAAUUCUGGGAAGACAGAUACCAACGUUAUUACCCUUUCACUCCGGAACCGCAAUACGAGCAAUUCUAUCGUUGGUUCUUCAAGGAAAAUCACGAAUUAAAUAUGCCCGAUCGAUUCGGAGGAGUACCUUUUCCGAAAAUCAUCCCUUUCGCUGUAAAUCCUCGUAUUCACGAUGUGACCUACAAAAACACACCUUAUAAAAUUCCACCCCUUUACACCGUAUUGUUCGCCUUCCUCGACGAUGCCAAGUUAGAUAACAUGACAACCAAGUUAUCCACUUGGCCUACGUUCAAUUGGCAAGAUCUCUCCGAAAUCACAGGUAGGACCACUACCAGACUACCUAGUACACCUCCGACGUACACCGAGUAUCCUUUAUAUACGAUUGCUCGCGAACGAAGGCGUAAAAUCGCCGAAUUCUUCAACGUCACCAUCGAUCCUUGGUACGAACCGUUCUACGAAUGGUUCUACCGAUACCAAAACGAUCGUAAAGGUAUCAAAAGGCGAUUACCAGCUUACGCCAACUUGACCGAAUUCGAUUACAGUCACGAAUUAUCCAAAGCCAAAUACCCAGUACCGGAUAAACAUCGAGAUAUCUGGGCUUACGUGCACGCAGUCGAACGUCAAAUAUUGAGCUCAACCGGUCAUCAUUACCAGCCGAAGAAUCCGUAUCAGUGGACUUAUCGAUACAUCACCGAGCCGAAAAUAAUCAAAGAUUUGGAGUACUGGUUCCCCCAUACGACGAUCCAAGAUCGACACAGGUCUUACUUUAAAUUCCUUCUAGAAAUAUUCACAAGUCCCGAGUAUCAUAAAGCAAUCAUGGACGAAGGUCAGAAAAUGAGAACUCUCGAUUACGACGAUCUUCUCAGAUACACUCCGUUCGAAAUUCCCGAGUUGGAGGAUCGUCGAUACGCCUUUAUGGCUGAGGCUAAACGACGAUUGGAUAGGAAAUGGAAAUUCACAUCGACGACUCCAUUACCACCAUCGUCAGAAGGUCUGAGUGAGGCCCAACCGAAUCAUACAGCUACACCAGUCGAACCAUCCAGAAAACCAGCGACUCCAGCAGGAGGCAAAAAACGUCCAUCAAAAAGCUCCCCAUCAUCAACUACUUCAACUCGAAGUAUGAAACUGGAAGAGCAACUUUCCAGCAGAUCCAUGUUAAACCAAGUCUACCUCGAAGAUAAAGUCAUCAAUCAUUUCAACAAAGAGAUAACCCCCCAUCUGGAAAAAUAUCACCAAUGGUUAUACGAGCACGAGAUCGAGCAUAACGAUAACCAGAGUCAAAAGUAUAACAUCGCUUGCGCCAUCUACGAUCAACUAGAUUACACGAAAUUAUUCAGAUACACUCCUUUCCCCCUUUACGUUGAGCAAGAAUACGAAUUCAUUGGCUUAAGGGAAGCUCAACGUGUGUUAAAAGCUAGAUCUCAUCCGACAACUUACAAGCCCGAUGAACCUGAUCCCAAAGCAGCCAUGCUAGACUGGUUCAGAUUCACUAUACCUCCUAAAUAUUUCGAAUUUUACAAAUGGCUGUUUAAAUUACACUUGGAAAAAGAAGAAUAUGGCCAGAUUGUUCAACUGAGUAAAAAAUUAGGACCACCGAAUUACCAACAGUUGCUCUCGAGUACACCUUACCCAAUACCGGAAGCUCAUUUGAAUUUUUGGGCUUUUAUUAAGCUAGGUUUCGACGAAUACGUAGCUCAAUUGAAGAAAGCUACUCCACCUAUGUCUCCGAAAUCAGUGGCCACGCCAAAGCCACACGUUCGUCGUCGCAGAUCCAUCGACUACGAUUCUGUUGUGCCACAGGUGAAUAUUCGACGUCGAAGAUCUAUUCUUGAAUCUCCUGAUACGUUUACGUAUACAUUAAAUUCGUUAAUUGGCGAAAAAUGUACGGAAAUGCAGUCAACAUCCUCGGAGCAUUUUUUAUUCGCACGUCCUCCUUGGGAUAAAAUGUCUAAUGCAUCAAUGGACAAUACCCAAGGAGGAGUCAAUGUAUUCCAAUCGCUGGGCUACAGUUUCAACUCGACCACCAUCGAACCUCAAUACUCAACAACGAAUGAAAUCGAUUCACCUCUGAUAUCAACGAGUCACUCGAAUCCAUCAGAACCAGAACUCAAUCUCUGUCCAUCCACUGUUUCGAUCUCUGAAUUUUCCUCACAAAUUGACUCAUGCUACUGCUCAAUUUGCGAACCAACACUAAACCGUGCUAAACGAGAAUCUCAUACAUCUUCACCCCAAAAUUCUCGAACCAGUGGACCCCCCGGACCUCAGGAACAUCAUUCCUCCACCAGCACCCCUCACAAACGCCAGACUACUUUCAAAACCAAAAUCACCACUGACGAGCAAGACUUGAUCGACGAAUUAGAACGUUACUUCAGUACACCUAUUCCAAAUCAUUUCUUGCAGUUUUACCAAUGGUUAUACGAUCUUCGUCACAAUCCAAAGGGGUUCUCGAAUCGAGAAGCUUGGACCGACUUGAUUACCCAUUCUGACCAAAUGCUAGAUUAUAAAAAAAUCUUACAAAGUACACCUUUCCCAAUACCCUACCAUCAAAUGGAGAAUUACGCUUUUGUUCGUAAAAUAGAAGAACAUAUCGGAUCCACCGAUCAUCAUACCAAAUCAUACAUCAAGACAUCUCCUGUACUCACCAUUCCUCCUGCCAAAUUGAAUCUUUCCUACUUCACCGAAGAACCUACAACAACUCCUGAACCAGAACUGGACGAUUCACGUUCUGAUAUUCGAGAGCAAUUAGAAAACGCUAUGCAUAUUUCGAUCGAGCCGAAAUACGUUAAAUUUUAUCGCUGGCUCUACGAUGUUGAUAGAAAUGUCGAAGGUAUGGAACGACGAUUUAAUCAUUCUCUCAAACGAUUUCCAACCAAAGGCACGUUGUAUAACUUUGACGAACUUCUCAAAGAUACCCCUUUCCCUAUACCUUGCACAUAUACACAGUAUUUUGCUUGGAUGCGAGAAUACGAUAAGGAACUCAGCUCAACUGAUCAUCAUCGUUUCUGGUAUGGCACCAGACCUCAUAAAAAAGAUCGCAGUACUACAACCAGCCCACCUUCCACUACGAAAAGCCCCAUAGAAAAACUGGAAGGAUAUUUUAUGCGAACAAUUCCGGCAAUAUACCAAAGAUACUACGAAUGGCUAUUUGAAACACACCUGGAUAACGAAGGGUUCUUGAGGAGGCACGAUAUUGCGAGUAAAAUGAAUGGUACGAUUAAUUAUGAAAGGCUUCUGACCAGGACUCCGUUCCCUAUACCAAUCGGAGAGGAAAACCAUUUCGCUUUUAUACAAGAAAUGGAACGCAGACUGAAAUCUACUAAUCAUCAUGCAAAAUGGUACGCUCAACAAACAAGUUCAACCACUUCGAGGCCAAAACCUGAUAUUUACGACGAUGACAGUGUGAAUUUAGAAGAAUACUUUCACACAUCCAUCGAACCAGAAUAUAAGAAAUUCUAUCGAUGGCUUUACGAGCACGAAAUCAAAGGUGAUAAAAAACUGAAAGACGAAUUCAAUCAAAUAAAAUCUCACAAAUCGCAUUACAAAUUCCAUAAACUUCUCGAUGAAACACCCUUCCCUAUACCACCAACUUACUUGGAAUAUUACUCGUUUGUGCGUGAAAACGAACGCAGAAUAAAAUAUUUCUCAGAACAGGCAGCUUUGAGAUCCGAACGAAUGGAGCAAGCUGCUGCAUUGAAAGCCUCUACUCCAAUUUCAUUGAAAAAUAUACCAUCCUCGAGCUCAGCAUCGACUACAGAACAAUCCAGCACUACAACAGAGUCAACAACUCCGACCCCUUUGACCACAUCUUCUUUACAUCAACCUGUUCGCGUAACUGAUGAAUACAUAGACUCUGAAUAUUCGGAUUCUGAGCAAGAACCUAGAGAAACUACAUCUCAACCUGCAGCAGCAGCAGCAACCAGCACUCGAUCCAUGAAUCUAUUCAGCACUAACCAACAACAAAAACUAGAAAAGUUUUUUGGAACUACAUUCGAUCCUAAAUAUGUUAAAUUUUACGAAUGGCUUUAUAAGGUGCAAAAUGAUAAAGAAGGCUUUAAAAAACGUUUCGAAGCUGCACGCAAGAUUAACUACACAAAACAGUUCGAUUUGGAUGAAGAACUCAAAGAUACACCUUUCCCUGUACCUCCAAAUAACGAAGAGCAUUUUGCAGUUGUUCGUAGAAUGGAACGUAUGAUGGGGUCAACAUCACAUCAUGCAGAAUGGUAUGAAGAUUCUGCUACCUCCCAAGACGAAUCAAAAUCAUCACCAUUGUACACAAUUAUGCCCAAACUAUUCUUAGAGAAAUAUUUUUCCAUCCCUAUACCAUCGAUUUAUCAUCGAUUUUACGAUUGGCUGUAUAAUCUCGAGGCUGAUACUACAGGAUAUGAGAAAAGACAUCAAGGUAUUAGGUCUCAUCACUUCAAGGGUGUUAAUCCAGAAGCCCUGAAAAAGACUCCAUUUCCAAUACCACCAACUUACACGAAAUAUUUUGCUCACGUUAAAGCGAUCGAACAUUUGAUUAAAUCAUCAACUCAUCAUCACGACUGGUAUCUUAGUACAAUCCUAAAUGAUAACACACCUACUUUCACACGUUCAACAGCAGAUGGAGCCUCCACAGCGAAAUUAUCAGAAUUAGUAAAAUCACGUUAUACUAGAGAAUGGAAACCAUUAUACGAGAGAUUCUUCCACUGGUUGUAUGAAGUUCACGAAGACCAAGAAGGAUAUCGUAAACGAUUAAAUGCCAACAAAUACAGAUUUGGGAUCAGAAGUACUAAUAAACCUUCCCAAAACACACCUUUCCCAAUACCACCUACUUAUCGAAAUUAUUUUGCUCAAGUGGUUGCAUUAGAAUACCUUAUUGGUUCAACCCAACACCACGCUAAAUGGUAUGGUUCCACUUCUGAUCAAACUGGCGAAUCUAAUACCCAAGCAACACCUUCCGAAUCCACACAACAACUUCUGGAAAAACUUGAGAAAUUUUUCGGUCAAAAAAUUUCAACUAAAUACAUCGACUAUUACAAUUGGCGUUAUAAGUUGUACAUGGGUGAGAUCACACCUACGAUUAAAGCAUUUGACUCGAUCAUUUUGGCAAAUGUGAACUAUCAAAGACUUUUCAACAAUACCCCUUUUCCUCUUCCUGAAAAUGGCAGCGCUGAAUUAUGGUAUGGAUAUCAUCAACAAAUGCAAAGAAUGCACGAGGUCACCGAACCUGUUAAACAAAUGAUGAGACUAGAACGUUUGGUACCAAAACGUACCACUGUUAGCACAGUCGAUGAUGAAAUUCAAUACGAUAUUGAUUAUCCUCAGACCACCAAAAGUCUGACUACACCUUCUCAUUACACCAUAGAUCCGGAAGAAUUGAAAAAACUCAGACUGAUUCUCUCUUCAACAUUUGAACCCCAUUACCAAGAGUAUUAUAAAUGGUUACAUAUGGUACUAAAGGAUGAGAAUGCAGUUCAAGCUAGGAUGAGAGCUCUACAAGAUAUCAAUAUGCAAGAAAUCAUUCAAGACACUUAUACACCAUUUCCUAUACAUACAAAGUCAGCUCAUUACUUCUUACACGUCAACAAAGUGGAGCAAUUCAUGAAAUCUACUGAUCAUCACUGGUGGCUCAAAAGAUCCAGCUCUUUCAACACAUCCCCCAUUACUCCGACUACAUCAUCUACUCCACCAAUUCCAUUUGGUCAUGGAUCAUCUACUACUUCUGCACCUACCACCAAAGAAUCAACCAUUGACAGCUCAGAACAAAAGAAAGUUGAUAACUAUUUCCGUUUCACUUAUGAACCCAAAUUUCGUAAAUUUUAUCAAUGGCUUUAUAAAAUGAGGAUUGAAAAAGACAUCCCAAUGCUGCCUAGAGUCUUAUGGCACUUUUACAAAUUCGAUGAAAGUGCUUCUACUCCAUUCCCUGUUCCAGAAGAUCGAAAACACGAAUACGCCUAUAUAAAAUACUUGGAACAACAUGAUUUUAAAACCGAUCUACCUCAUCCAACCGAACCUCAAAGAACUACUAAACAUCGCCGUAAAACUACCACACCUAUAACAGUGAAAUAUGAGGAAGAAUUGCAGAAGGCUAAAUCAUACUUUCCUUUCGAAUGGGCUUCGCAAUACAAUGAAUUCUACACAUGGUUCUAUUCCAUGAUCCAUAAAAGAUCACUGAGAGACAGAACCUGUGGUAAAAUCCUCGACACAAUGAACUUCGAAUUGCUGUACCUAAAUAAUACAAAAUUCCCUGUACCUUCUAAACAUUAUACGGAGUAUGCUAUGAUGCAGUAUAUGGAUGAACUACCUGAAAAAACAGUCGAAGAAGAGACUGAUUCUCAAUAUUGGAGAGAUAAAGAGGCAGCUAAGAAAAAAUUCUACCCAUUCCGCUGGCAACCUGAUUAUGAUAGAUUUUACAUUUGGUUACAUAGAAUGAUUGAUAAACAUGGUAAACCAGAAAGCACAGAUCCUCAGUUUAAAGAUGCCAUUGAUUAUGAUAGGGUAGUGCAACAUAGCUCCUUCAAAAUCCCAGUCUACCAGAUGCAUGAUUACUUAUACAUGAAAUGGCUGGAUGAUGGGAAAAAAGGAGGCUACAUGAAUCCACCUUACAUAACAGCUCCACCAUCAUUACUUGUUCGAGUAAAUCAGCCAGAUUUGGAGGAGAGAGCUGAAGACUACUUCAAUAUUAAUCUUACAGAAGACAAUCCCUACACUAAAUAUUACAUUUGGAAAUAUGAAAUGUUACAGAAACAUGAUAAUUUCAAUGAAACCAAGGCAGAUUUCUUUAAAUCUGUCAAUUAUAAGAAAUAUCUGGCAGAUGCUCCAUUUCCUGUACCUGAUAAAGAACAAAAAACAUAUGCUAAUUUGAAAUACUACGAUGAACUCUUUCUGCAAGACUUGAAAAAACGCUCAAUCAUCUCAGAAAAUCCAAAAAGGUUCCAUAAUCCAGUUGAUGAGGAUUUACUGAAGGAGGCUAAAUCAUUCUUCAAAUUUGGCUGGUAUCCAUAUUACAACCAGUUUUAUGUUUGGUUCUACAAAAAAGUAAAAGAACAUGGAGUGUUCAAGAAAAUUGACACUGAGAGCUUCAAAAACAUCGAUUAUAUCAAUCAUAUCACUGUUACACCUUUCCUUAUUCCUCCCGAGUAUUUGAAUGAUUAUGCUUACAUGAAACAAAUGGAUAUAGAGAGAAAAUCACAAGCUGGAACCUUACCUAUGCCAGAUAAUGAAUCAUUAGUUCGAAGAAAAAGACAGAUUGAUGAUCAUACCACAACUCCACUCAAAUCAUCAACUAGAACAACUCAAUUAUACCAUAAAUUAAUGAAACAACAGUACGAAUACCAUGAUCCCUAUUAUGACAAGUUCUAUGAUUGGCUAAUUUAUCGAGAAGAUAUUUCACCAGUUAGUGGAGGUGUGACUCCUAGACGAGUUAAUCCAGAUGUUAUUGUAUUAGAAACCCAUUCCAGUACACCUUUCCCAAUACCAGAGAAUUUCACAAAGUAUUUCAGAUGGUUUGAUGAUGAUCACACAAAAACUACAAUAAAAUUCGAUGUGGCUGUCACUACUGGAGAUUACAUGGAUUAUGUAGAAAAUGUAACUAAACCACCUGUAGAACAGCUCAUCAAGACAUAUUACUCUAUGGAUCCACAUUUACCUCCCCUCAACACAGCCUACAGUGAUUUUUAUGACUGGUACAUACGUAAAUAUUUUGGCGAACCUCAUGAGAAACCAUCAGUCAAAGGACCAGUAUUCAUUUCUCCAUUUGUACCUUAUGUUGAAGCAACUUCUACUCCUUUUGUUAUACCACCAAAAUUCACCAAUUAUUUCAAAUGGUUUGGUGGAUGGCCAAAGGGAAAACGAAGCUAUCGUACUCCUGAUUAUGAUUUUGGUCUAGGACCUUCUCCAACAACACCUACAACAUGGGUGUAUUUUGAUUACAAUGCUACAACAUGGUGGCCACCGAUGGAAAUACGAGAACGUGAGUUUAAUGAAAAGUUGCCCAAAAAUUUCAAAUUACCAUUUUGGAAAAUGUUACUCAACAAUAAAGGUACAUCUCACGCUCCAGAGUACGACCAGUUUUACGAAUGGUUCUACAGAAAACAUUUCGAAGUAACUCAUUCUAUCGAGCACUAUGAAAUUGAAGAACCUAAAUUAUUUUCAUUUCCAACUCCUGUAAAAUAUGUGCCAUUAAAUGACACACCUUGGAAGAUACCUUGGGAGCAUACAGAUAUGAUGAACUGGGUAGAUUCAGCUCAACUUCCACGUUCUACCAAAGAAACAGAUGGUACUUUACUACAUCCGUUUUAUCUGACUAAAUUCUAUGGUACAGACUGGCAGGUAUAUGGCUUUACUGAACCUAAAAGAUACAGUACAACACCUACUUUAACAAAACGUAAAUGGACAAGGACUAGGAGUAGUACUCCAAUGACUCCAUCAAUUAAUGUACGUAGAAAACGAUCUGUCCCAUCAAGUGUAACACCAGCUGGAGAAGAAUUUGACACAGGCCCCAUUGUAAAAACAUAUCCAACAUGCCACCUUGAAGAUUUAGAUUUUGUCAUAAGAAUCAAUCCCUUACAAAAUGAAACAGAACAUCCAAAAUAUCAAGACUUCUACAAAAACAACAGAUCAGCACUUUUUCGCUACUAUCCUUAUGAACUUCCAAUAACCACACGUCCUGCAAAAGAUAUCACUUGGAAGCUAAAACCCAUCACAACAACCAUUUCACCAUACUUACAAUCAGAUGAAGUACGUGAUUUAAAGCAAUGGUACUAUAACAAUCAAUCCUUUCCAAAGGUGACCAAACUGAUGAGUUUUCUUGAAGUAAUAAACAUGUCCAAACUACAAGCUCGUCCUGACCUGCCACCUGAAACUGAACCAAGAUUUGUAGGUCACAAUGAACUGAAAAUGUGGUUACCAGAGUAUUGGACCACACAGACUAUUCCAACCAGAUUCAAACUCAUGAGUGAACUAGUAGCUGAAGCUAGACAAAUCAUAGCAGAGUAUAGACGUAAACAAAAUAGAACUACUACAACCACCACCACAACUACAACAACAACCACCAAAGAUCCUCUGGAUCCAGAAUCAAGACUGAUGCAUAAUGUACGUAACUGUUUCCCUUAUUCAAUAGAACCACAAUAUGAAUACUUUUAUCGAUGGCUUUACUUGAUUUUGCAUAACAGUAAAGGAUCAGCACGAAGACACAAUGCAAGCUUGACAUUAUCAACCCCAGUCGAUUAUGAAGACAUCCUGCUCAAUACACCUUUCCCAGUACCACUCAAUCUACGUUACUACUUUGCCUAUGCUUACACAUUGGAUGAUCUGAUGAAAUCAACAGCUCAUUAUAAAUUCUAUACAACCAGACCAGGUCAACCUACUUAUUCACGCAAAAUUCGCACAACGUUGAAAACUUCUCCUACAACUUCCACUACAAUGUCACAAACACACACAACAAUUCCAGUUGAAACAACAACAGAAAGCGAGUCUGAGAUAGAGAAUAAAGUUCAGUCAUAUUUUGGUAAUACUCAUCACCCUAUGUUUAGGCAAUUCUUCAGAUGGCUUUAUCGCUUACAAAAUAACGAAGAAGGGCUGAAACGCAGACAUGAAGCUAGUUUAACAAUGAAACCAAUAGAUUACGAUGAUGCCAUGCAGAAAACACCAUUUCCAGCUCCAGCUUUUCUAGAAGGCUACCUUGCUUAUGCCUAUCAUCUUGAUACCUUGAUGGGAUCAACUGAUCAUUACAAAGAAUUUGAAAACAUGAUGUGGCACUACACUUUGCCAACAUUACCACCAGAAGUACAACUGAAACUCAAUAGAACUAAUUCAACUGCCGUUACAGGAAGCUCUAUGUUGACUAAAUUAAUUCAAUCUGCCAGUUCAGCCAUUACCACUGAACAUUCCACGUUGACAAAAUUCAUACAAUCUGUAAGUCCCAGCAGACGAGUGAAACGUGAAAUAAACUACAUAGAUUCAUCAAAUAAGCUAGCUUCUGUGCAACUUCACAAAUCCAUGGACCAAGAAAUAUGUCAUACCAGAAUGGAUUUUGUAUCUCUAUCAAACAGUCAUUUUUUCCCAUUUCAAAAUGAUGCUCAAGUUCAUUUCAUUGAUUCACAAAUGCUUACACAUCAAACUCAACAUCGCACAAAACGCUCACCAGCACCAGAAGAAACCAAAAAGAUAGUGAUUGGUGAUAAACUAAAAUGUGAGUUGAACUUAUUGAAAGAUAAAAUAAACAAUGACCCUGUGUUAACAAAGGAGUUCAAUGAUCUUACACUUCAAAUGGUAUUAAACAAAAAAUGCAGAGAUCAGUAUCAAGACUUUUUGAAAGAUAUAAAAUGCAAUAAAGAAUUUAAAAGGCAUGUUGAUGACUUGGGUAAACAGCUAAAACUUGAAAAUGAGCUCAAACUCAUUUUAAAAGACAUACAAUGUGAAGAAACAAAAAGACAAAAACGUGAAGUCAAAAAUGAGUAUCAAGCAACAACGUCAUUUUGGAACUAUUUAAAAAAUGAUUUUCGCGCAUUUGGACGAAAAUUUAUGGAUGGAUUAAAACCAAACAAACCAUUUAAAAAACCACCAAAUGAUGAAUCACUUUGGAAGUAUUUCAAAGAAGAUAUUUGUAAAUUCAAACAAGGAUUGAUUGAUGGUGUAAAACCACUGUUCAAGAAACCCAGAAGACAAAAACGUGAAAUUGAUAAGAAGGAUCUAGCACCUGUAAUUAAAAAAAAAUGGUUCUUAAACUUUUUUGAUAAGAAGAUAAAAGUUGGCGAAGGACUAAAAAAAGAAGUUCACACAUUCAAAGAUAAAAUAAAAAAUGAUAACCAAUUGAAAAAAGAUAUCAAAGACUUGAGAGAUCAGUUGAAAGGUAAUAGUGCAAUAAGAAAACAGUUCAAACAUAUAGAAAACCAUAUGAAAGAUAACAGUGGAUUGAGAAAAGAAUUUGAUGAUUUCAAACAACUGAUGAAUGAUGAACAUCACACAGAACAGAAAAUUAAGCAAAAUAAUGUUCGCAAUAAACGCUCUAUCAAAGCCGAUAAAUUUAUCCAAAAGCUAAAUAGAACACAUUCAAUAGUGAAAUCAGACCUUGAAGCAUUGGUGAAAAAAUUCAAAAGAAGAACAAGAUUAUUAGUCAAAUCUGCCAUUCUAAUGGGAAAAGUAGCCAUGUUUGCAGGGAAAUCAGUUCUGAAUGGAGUAAAAAAGUAUCAAGCUAUGAAAAAAUCCCUCAAAAACACAGGAAAUAAGGUCAAAAAUUUAACUGAACAACUGAUUAAAAAAAAAAUUGAAUUGAUUUCAUGGUUGACUUCAACUAUGUUAGAUAAUGAACUUCAAAAUUAUAUAAAACGCCACGAUCUAACUGAUAUCAUAUCAAAUUACUUCAACAUUUACUUCAGUUAUGAUAAAAAGUUGAGUAACUCAUUCACUGCAGCUCAAUCUUAUCAUGGGCAUAUUAAUACGAUCGAUUUUUUUCCCAAUUUGAAUCAGUGUUACCUUGAAAACAAUUGCAACACACCGGCCUAUAAAAUAGAACCAGUGAUUUCAACAAAUCAUCAUAAUAACAUAAUGAAAACAAAAUUUAGCUACAUGGAAUCCAAUGAACUAGCUAGAGACUGCAGAAUUUUCAACCGUAUUGAUCAGAUAAUGAGAUCUAAUAAUCAUUGCAUUUAUAGAAAAAGGGGAAAACGUGAACUCAAACUGCACACACAUCUGUCCACAUUUCUUGACCAAAACUCUACUUUGAACCAAACCACCAAACCAUAUGAAAAUGCUGAUACAACAAAUUUUGAUGAGCACAACUCUACAUCUCAGCAAUUCUCUGAAGUUCCUCCUACUCAUUCAAUAGAAAUUGGAGAAAAUGCUGCCUCAACAUCUCAUCAACAUCAGCCCUCACCUCAAUCACCUUUAAAAGUUGCAUCACCAGAUAAAAGUGAUAUUGAAAAGAAUUACACAACUGAUCAGGCAUCAUUCAUCCCUCAAUCAAUACUAUGUGAACCUUCAGUAUCUCACAUCACCAAUACAGAAUCUGCUCUCUCUCACAACUCCUCUUCUAAUGAAUCAACACUUGACACAACACAUUUAAUCACACCUCAAAAUCAUAAAGAGAAAUCUAAUGAAACAUUUGUAUUCCCUUCAGAUGAAAGUUAUCUGCUGGGAAACCAGAAUACAGAUGGAGGUAUGGGAUGUAUGGAUGGUGCAAUGGGACAAUACUUCAGAGCCAUCUAUGCUGAUGAUUUACAAGGUGAAAUAUACCGCAGAAAAUACCUUUCACAAACAACCAUCACUACUAGUACUUCAAUUCUAAGUGAAACUCACACAGUUCCUCAAGACCAAUUGUAUUUUAAAAAACAAUUAGAUGAUUACUUUUCAACAACUAUUCAUCCUAAAUAUUUCCAAGCGUACAAAUGGUAUCAUGCACUUAGGCAGGAUAAACAAGGGUAUCUUAGACGAAAAAAGACUACAUAUUCAGUGCCAGUGGAUUACAAUAAUGUACUAAAAACUACACGUUUUUCAUUACCUCCACAUUUACGCAAUAUAUAUGCUGAAAUACGUGAACAAGAACAGGCAAUUGGUUCUACAAAUCAUCACAUUCGGUGCAUUGGUCUUGAUAUUGAAAACAAAACUUGCUCUCAGCCAAGACGUUUUAAAAGAUCACCUAUCUGGCAACCUACAAGUUACGCUGUCACACCAAUACCAAAAGCCAAAGCCAUAAAUUUACAACAAGCUGCAUCCCAGUUGAAACCCCAUUUCUCCAGAUAUGAUGCAUUCAUGGACAAACUGAUGAAAGCAAUUAAUAAAAAAGUAUAUGAACCAUACUUACUUGGUUCUACUACUUUAUAUCCAAUCAUUCCUGUUACCCUUCCACAACAAGACCAUCACAUCAUACCCAAAAAUGAGGCAGACAUUAAACAAAAACUAGACAAUUAUUUUUCCACAAAAAUUGAACCUAAAUACUACCAAGCUUACAAAUGGUACCAUGCCCACAAAUUGGACAAGCAAGGCAAAGGUAGAAGAGCCAACACGCCUUCUUCAGUAAAUAUUGAUUAUGAAGAUGUCCUUAAAACCACACCGUUUCCAUUACCCCCUCUUCUAAGACACUACUACGCAGAAAUACGUGAAAUUGAACGAGCCAUUAAAUCCACUGAUCAUCACAUGACUCCGAAAAAAUACAAAUUCACUUUUCCCAGAUUUAAUUUACAAAACUACACUGGUGAAUUUUUAAAGGAUAUAUUGCAAGCUCAAAACGAGUUCCACCGUUUUAAAAAUGAAACAAAGCGAUUAAAUUUAACAGAUGACCAGUUACACGAGAUGCUGAAAGAAUUUAAACCAGCUGCAAAGGAUUAUACAAUACCUGAAGGAGAAGAACGUUACAAGAGCCUCAUUGAUUCAUAUUUUUCAAGCACAAUUGAUCCAAAAUACUUUGAAGCGUAUAAAUGGUAUCAUAAGCUGAGACAAGAUAAAGAAGGAUACAUCAGACGUCAUAAUGUAUCACCUCAGUUACACAUUGAUUAUGACGAAGUACUAAAAACAACACCAUUCCCCAUACCACCACAUUUACACCACCAUUAUGCAGAAGUACGAGAGCAUGAAAGAGCCAUUGGCUCAACGGAUCAUCAUAUUCGGUAUACCGGAUCUCCGCUUAAAUCCCUCAUUCUAUCCCAAACAAAGACUUCAACUCAGAAACCAACUCCAAAGAAAACAACAAAAUUUAAAGUUAAAAUGCCAUCUUUCACCACUGCAACAGACAACUUAUUUUCAUUAUUUUCAUAUCACUUCACCGAUCCCAACGAUCUGUUUGAUUCAAAUCCCAAUCCAGAAGAUGGCGGUACUCGAAAUUUUUGGGAGCUUAGAAAUACCUACUGGAAAGUGUUGUAUCAGAAUCAUAAAGAUGACAUCAACUUUUCACCAAAAUAUGACCCAUUUUACGAAUGGUAUUUCCAAUGGAUAUGGACACCAAUUUACAAUUACACAACCGUAGGACCAUUUUCAAUUUCAAGAAAAAUAAACUACACCACUCAUGAAACCUCCCCAUUCCCUAUCCCUCCCAAUUAUACAAAAAUGUUCGCAUGGAUGGAUGAAAAAGAUGCAUUCAAAUUUACUGACAUAUAUUGUCCACCAUUACCCGAUAACUUCUCCUAUGACCCCAAUAUCCCAUACUAUAUGUAUAACACCAAUGAUCGAAAACUAAUGGAAAGCUAUUUUGAUGUUUGGUUUGACCCUGAUCCCAAAUACGAAGAAUUUUACAAAUGGUACUAUGUACAGUUGCACAGAGCAAAAGACCCAUUCGCUCCCACUUUUCCUGCUAAAAGAAUACCAAAAGCUAGAGAGGAGGUACCAAGUAUUAGCACACCAUUUCCAAUACCUGUAUCAUUCCGUAGAUAUUAUGCUUGGGCACAUGAUGAUAGUUAUAACGUUAAUCGUACUACUGUUGUGGAUACCACACAUAGAUGGUAUAGAACAUUGGUCAGCUUAUAUGGCUUUCCUACUGGACAUGCAGAUCCUUAUGCUAUUCAACUUCCUUACUCGCAUGAAUUGACUACGCGACCUCCCAGGAAUGAAUCAGCUGGUUUCAAAGAGAAUUUCUUUGAAUCUUACCCAGACAAUUUGGAUUUAGACAAUGAUAGGUCUAUACCUUUUGAAUGGUUCAGAGAAGGAAGAGAUUGGCCUUAUGAUGAAUGGGGAGAAUCGACAUUUAAAAAAUAUAAUAAUUCGAGAGCAAGAAAGAAACGACACACUGAUUACUUAGUACCAUCCAAUUUAUUAGAAAACCAAUCCAGAUGUAAACGUGAACUUCCAUCAACACAUCAUCAUAGUUCAGCAUCUACAACCUCUGAAAAAUCCUCCCAAAUAUUACCCCAUCGCCCCACAACAAACAGUGUAUUGGGUUACUAUAAAUCAUUACGUGAUACAUUUGGAAAAGCUCCAUUUUGCAACACAUCAGAGGAGAGGCGCCAAGUAGAACAAGAACGUCGGGAAUUUAGAGAAUGGUUAGAGCUGAAUGAAAAAAUGAGACGUCCACCUACUCCAAUUCAGGAAAACCCUACAUAUAGUUUAUUCUUCCACUGGCUUCACAAAGGAUCUCCUACAUCGCCCAAAUAUAAAAUAACUCGACCUUUGAUCAAUACCCCUUUCCCAGUUCCUGAAGGAUAUAGAAAACAAUACGCUGAACGUAUUGGCGCCGAGCACGAUGAAGUAUACAAAGACUUGAGAGAAUUAGGCAUUAUUGAUGAAAUACCACCACCCACUAUCGUGACAACAGUCGAUGACUUCUUUGUCUUACCAAAUACUACACCUGAUGAUUACAGCGAUGAUACAGUACAAACAAGUCCAAGAACACGACCAACCCAAGAUGACAUGGGUGGAAUAGAAUUUGUUCGCAGUACUGAUAAAUUACAUUUUGAUUCGAAGGAAAUGUAUGACCGUAUGAAUGACUUAGGAUUGGUGGAUGCAAAAUUGGAUGAGAAAAGAACGAUAUUCCCAACUAUUCCUAAAUUUGUUACAAGACAGCCGUUUGAUUUCGAAGCAUUGCUAAAGAAAGAGUCACAACCUACUGAUGGUGAAACAUUCACCAGGCAAGCUUUUGAUUUUGAUGUGUUAAUAAAAAGACAAUCGAAUUCCAUCUCCAGUAGUUCACCUAAAACACAUACAUCUUCUCCUCCUACAAAUGCAACAAUUGAUCAACAUGUAACUUCAAUCCAAUCAGUGAAAACUGAAUACCAAAGAUCCACAUUCACAUUACUGGCUGGGUUACGAGACUAUUACAAAUCAUUGCGAGAAACAUUCGGUAAAGCUCCAAUUUUCAGCAAUUCGGAAGAAAAACGUCAAGUAGAAGCUGAAAGGGCCGAGUUCCGUAAACAAAUGGAAGAAAACAGAAAACACCAAGAACAAAGAAAACAUCCUUUAGAGUACGACGUGAGCCCAGAAAUGGUAAAUGGCUCCAUGAAGAUACCCUCUGAAUACCUCAGAGCUUACUUACAAUACACAGGAGCACAAGAUAAUGAGAUAAGACAACAACUGAAAGAUCUAGGCUAUCGUAAUGAAACAACCACAUCCGCCAGUCUGAAAACCAAAGCCACGACCGAUGCAUGGUCCUCCAAUGAAAAUAGUGAUUACAGCUACGAUACUCCCGAAGCUCUGCCAAUAAUGAACUUGGAUGUGGUAGAAGAGCCAGCAGAUGCCAGACAUAUGGAAAUCGAUAGUCAACCUGAGAAAGUUAAUUUCAAUUCGAGAGAGGCGUUAGAACGUCUCAGAUGCAUGGGUAUGUUGGCUGGUAUGACGACUCGAACAACUAAAAAAUACCCUCACGACAUAUUCUCUAAACAAUUCGUCAUAGAACCCGAAGCAAAAGAAUUCUUAGACCUAGGUCCAGUAAAUCAACCCAAAAGUGUAAAAAGAGUUCGUCGCGCCGUUGAGAUAAUUUUACUAUCGUACGAAUCGACAACAAAACGAACUACCACCAGACGUCCCUCCAAUAAUACCAACAAGUAUUUUACAAAAAGACAAUCGAAAUCAACAACAAUCGACACUUACGACUUCAUGGUGAGCGAUAUUAGAUUCAAAGCCAAACACAUCGAAGAAUACGAAAACCACUUGAAAAAGUUGGGAAUAUAUUUCAUGACGACUAUCGAACCAUAUUACGCCGAAUUCUUCCAAUGGUAUUACAGACGCAUUCGAGAGGUAACACAUUUUCCACUACCCCCUGUAAAGCAUCCUGGUGGAUCGUUCUCAUACCCUUUUUAUGUACCUCCCCACUAUACAGGUCUGUUUUCCAGUCUGUUUCAUCCUGAUCACCUUAAAGAAAUCAUGACAACGAGAUUCUUCGACCACUUAUUCGAUUAUUACGACAGUCAUCCUAACUUCAAACAUCAAGGAAGAAAGAUCAAAACUAGGAUGAAUUUUACAUGGCCAUACCAAAAAAAAUUACAGCUUUUGGAGAAAAAGAAAUUACAGUCGACUACGCCAAUUUCAUCUCAAUAGAUAUAUCGUUUCGCUUUGUUGUGGAGGGGAGGAGGGCGAAAUGGUAUUUAGUAAUUUUUGUUGUCGUCUUUCUUGUACAUAAUUACUUAAUGGACAGUAUUACCUACUCUUUAAAAAAUGUCUCUUGUAAUUAACUUGCCUUUGAAACUUUGAAAAUUUUUGUUUUUUAAAUCGGUCUACCCAAGAUGAAAUUCUUCUUCAAAUUUCCAUAUUUGUAGUAUACUCGUAUGUAUAUUAUUUUUUUUUAGAAAUCAUUUCACUUAUCUAUGUAAAUAUUCAAUUGUACAUUAUUUUUCAUAUCACUAGAAUAUAAGAGAAUUUUUUACUGAAUUUUUUCUCGUUUAUUGAAAAAAAUCUUGGAUUAUAUAACUGAACCGAACAACUCAGAUAAAGAAGUUAAAUGAUUCGAAGUGCUGGCAAUGAACUCUGUAUUAUUUGAAAAUUUUGAAAAUCAUGCUCUUUUGUUGUUAGAAGGGAAUAGAGGAGAAUGACGAGUCAAUAAUUAGAACUCAUUUUGCGUACAAGUGGAUAUCUAACGUGAAUUAAACUUGAAAAAUACAACAGAAUAGUAUAAAAACGGUAUCAAUAAAAGUCUUUAAACUCACAAAAUGUUAAAAUGAACUACAAUUUAAGCAAAUAAAACAAAACUGAUGAAUCGAACAUGAAUUUUAAAAUGGUUUUCACUUUGAUUCAAUUUUGCUUCCAUAACAAAAAAAAAUUGAAAAAAAAUCAUGAAAAAAUGAAGUGUCUAAAUAUUAUUUGAGGUAGUUUAAAAAAAGGAAAAAAAUAUUGGUACAUUACAACUUGACAAGGUAUUCAUUACGUUAAAAGCGAGAUAAAAGCACAACUUUUCGGCACACGUUGCCUUCAUCAGAUGUGAAAUAAAUACCUACCGACGUACAAGUGGAAAUUACGCACGUAGUAUGGAGAGAAAAUAAGAUAAUUAUUUGUAACAUACUAGAGCUUUAUACGAGUUGAAAUCAGAAACAUCAGUCUUUUUAUUUAGGUAGGUAUUUACUCAGAUGACCAAUUUCACCACUCUAAAAAAUGAAACUCUCGAGAUGUCCAUCUCAUGAUUUGAACGGGACCGAAAUUUUUAGAAAGAGCAUGGUCUGAAACACCCCAAACCAAAAAUUUUAGCUAGGUACCUACUGAAAUUAAUUUUUAGAUUUUUAGCGAAUUUUUGAAAAUUCAAAAUUGACUAUUUUCAUCCAUUCAAGAUAUUAAAAAAAAAAAAAAAAAAACUGGCGCGAUUUUCAAUGUCUCUAGAAAACGUGGAAGUUGAUUUGAGCUGCUGAAGUUUGAAUUGUGUUUUUUUUUCGACCAGUUUAAAGAAUUGAUUCACAUUUGAGCCGAUUUCUAAGCAGGCAACUCUAAGUAGAGAGUUUAUUAACCGCAGCAUUCUCCAGUUAUCAUUGAAAACUAUGCGGGUCCAAACAAAGCACUCGAGGUAUCCGCCUGGGACUAGUAAUUGGACCAUAUGUAGAUAAACUCGUUAAAUAGACCGAGAAUAAGCCACAAUUCGUUUUUGAGCUGCCUAAAUUAAAUUCCCAGCAUCCUAGGGAAAUUUUAAAAUUCUGGAAAAAUUUAAAAUCGCACUGGAGGCUCCAGAAUGCCUUAAAAUGAUGAAAUUUAGAUCCAGAGAAGCGGAAGGAUGUUAGUUUUAUACAAGAUACAGCCAAUCGUGCAAAUUUUAAACAUUUCCAUACGAACAGAAAACUCGAUUUUUAUGAAUUUUUUUCCUCAAAAAUAUGCUGGUCAAAAAAACGUAUUUGAAGCAUCCGUCUGGAAAUCGAAUGUCAAUAAACUUUUUAAACAGACUAACAAGGGAACCUCUUGAGGUGUCACAUACCGAUUUGAACGGGAUCGCGAUUUUUGGAAAGAGCAUAGCCUAAAACCUCCGAAACCAAAUUUUCAGCCGCCCAAGUUUAUUUUUCGAUUUUUGGCGAAUUUUUGAAAAUUCAAAAUUGACUGUUUUUGACGAUUUAUGCUUUUUUUUUAAAAAAAAAGUACGUACUUGAUCAUUAAAAAUGGUCAAAACAAGUCCCAAAACUAAUAUUAAUUACCCAAAUCCAAAUUUCACCAUUUCCAGCCAUUUUGGAGCCUCCAGCGCGAUUUUUCAAUUUCUCCAGAAUUUUGGAUUUGCUCCAGAACGCGUGAAUAUGAAGUUGGGCAGCUAAAAAUCAAGUUUUAUAUUACACUCGACCUGUUCAACGAGUUUAUCUACAUUUGAGCCGAUUUCGGUAGUGACACCUCAAAAGUGGUUUUUUGACCAGCUUUUAAUUAAAAAAUCCAAAAAAUCAAAAGUUUUCCGUUUGAGUAGAAAUUUUUAAAAUUCACGCAAAUCGCAGUAUUUUGUCCAAAACUAACCCCCAAAACCAAAUUUCACAAUUUCCAGCCAUUUUGGAGCCUCCAGCGCGAUUUUUCAGUUUCUCCAGAAUUUUGGAUUUGCUCCAGAAGGCGUGAAUAUGCAGUUGGGCAGCUAAAAAUCAAGUUUUAUAUUACACUCGACCUGCUUAACGAGUUUAUCUACAUUUGAGCCCAUUUCGGGAGUGACACCUCAAACGUAGCUUUUUGACCAGCUUUUUUCAAAAUUAAAAAAUCAAAAAAAUCAAAAGAUGACCGUUUGUGAGGAAAUUUUUGAAAUAGACACGAAUCGCUGUAUUUUGUCCAAAACUGUCCCUCAAAUCCAAAUUUCACAAUUUCCCGCCAUUCUGGAGCCUCCAGUGCGAAUUUUGAAUUUCUCCAGAAUUUUAGAUUUGCUCCAGAAGGCGUGAAUAUGCAGUUGGGCAGCUAAAAAUCGAGUUGUAUAUUAUACUCGACCAGUUUAACGAGUUUCUCUUCAUUUGAGCCGAUUUCGGGAGUGACACCUCAAGAGUGGUUUUUUGACCAGCUUUUAAUUAAAAAAUCCAAAAAAUCAAAAGUUUUCCGUUUGAGUAGAAAAUUUUAAAAUACACGCAAAUCGCAGUAUUUUGUCUAAAACUAACCCCCAAAACCAAAUUUCACAAUUUCCAGCCAUUUUGGAGCCUCCAGCGCGAUUUUUCAAUUUCUCCAGAAUUUUGGAUUUGCUCCAGAAGGCGUGAAUAUGCAGUUGGGCAGCUAAAAAUCAUGUUUUAUAUUACACUCGACCUGUUUAACGAGUUUAUCCACAUUUGAGCCGAUUUUGAGAAUGAUACCUCAAGAGUGGUUUUUUGAGGUGUCACUCUCGCUCCAAAACGGCUGCAAAUGGUAGAAUUUGCGCUCCGGGGGUUAGUUCUUGAAAAAAUACAGCGAUUCGCACAAAUUUCAAAAAUUUUCUCACAAACGGGUCAUUUUUUGAUUUUUUAGAUUUUUUAAUUUUGAAAAAAUCUGGUCAAAAAACCUCUCUUGAUGUGUCACUCCCGAUAUCGGCUCAAAUGUGGAUAAACUCGUUAAACAGCUCGAGUAUAAUACACAACUCGAUUGUUAGCUGCCCAACUGCAUAUUCACGCCUUCUGGAGCAAAUUCAAAAUUCUGGAGAAAUUGAAAAAUCGCGCUGGAGGAUUCAGAAUGGCUGGAAAUGGUAAAAUUUGGAUUUUGGUAAUUAAUAUCAGUUUUGGGACUUAUUUUAAACAUUUUUACUGAUCAAGUACGUACUUCUUAAAAAAAACAUAAAUCGCCAAAAACAGUCAAUUUUGAAUUUUCAAAAAUUCGCCAAAAAUGGAAAAAUGAACUUGUGGACCUGAAAAUUUGGUUUUGUGGGUUUUAGACUAUGCUCUUUCCACAAAUCGCGAUCCCGUUCAAAUCGGAGUGUGACACCUCAAGAGGUUCCCUUGUAAGAAUAAGUCACAAACUGAUUUUUAGCCAUCCAAAGGAGAAAUUCCAAAAUUUUGGAGAAGUUGAAAAUUGCUCAGGAAGCUACAGAAUGGUCGAAAAUGACGAAAUUCGGUACAGGCGAGUUGAUAUCAGUUUCAGGACUACUUUUCAUCAUUUUUACUAAAUACUUACUGCUGGUUAAAAAAAAUAUAUAUAUAUUAAUCACCAAAAAUGAUUAAUUUUUGAUUAACAAAAAUUCUCCAAAAAUCGAAAAAUACUUUUACGUACCCGAAAUUUUGGUAGUAGGAGUUUUAGAUCAUUUUCUUCCUUAAAUCACGAUCCCGUUUAAAUCGUAGCCUGAUAUCUCGAGAGAUUCCCAUGCGAGAUCAAGAUACCUUGACAACCAUGAAAUUCAAUUCUUUACAGGUAUACUUCUUCAUAACGUGGGCCUGCUGCGUGAAUUCCAACACCACCACCACCACCACCAUCGUAGAUGAAAAUCAACAGAAUAAUUUAACCACAUACACCAAAAACAACCCAGAAUUGUAUCACCAACUCGAACAUUCCAUUAAUGUUCCGCCUUAUAAUCUUGACGAAGCAAAAAUCAACAAUAAUUUGCAGUACAUCUCUGCUCUCUGCAAACAGGGGGACGAAUUGGAAACACCAACGACAACAAAGAAAAAACGCAGCAGGAGUAUCUCUUCUACUUCUGUAUCCAUGACAAACGUUUCGCGAGCUUCCAGACGUCGAAAAAGGAAUGGUAUUCAGGCAUUUUUCCCCGAUAUGCCGGAAAUGCCACCUAUCUUCAAGAAGAAAAUGAAACGAUAUAUGAAAGAAUUCCUUAGACGAAUUUACAUCAAGUUAAAAGCUGGAGAAAUCACACUGCCAACUUUACCUAUUCCUGAUUUAGAGGAUAUACAAUCGUAUUUUAGAAAAAGACGUACAAGUAGUCGACGAAUUAGUACUAGUCGUACUUUUCCUGAACCUUAUGAUCAUGCUGGAUUAAGCACCGAACCCAGAUGGAAAUUUAUUCGGGGAAUAUUCUAAUCUGGUGUACAGUUUCUUAUCUCUCUCAACUGUUUUCAUUCUUAAUAUUUAUGACGAUUUAAUUAGAAGAUAAAUACGAAUAUUAAUUUUAUAUCUACCCAUUUACUUAUCAAGUUCCUAUAUUAUUGCUUCACUCUCUGACAUAAAACAACAAAGACCAAAUCAAAAACGAUCAGGAGAAAUGAGAAUCAAAAUCUUUAAUUAUCCAUUCCUCGGAUAUACAUAUGUCCCUUAUCACGAAUUCCCACCUAAUUUCGAUAAUUUUAUACUUCGAUAUUAGUACAGUCAUUUUAGCAAAAUUUUUAGUCGAACCUCGGAAAAAUUGGGAGGAAAGCUGAUUUUCACAUUAUUUGUUCAGAUUGGUCUCUAAAACAACCCAUCAAAAGUUGCACCCCGCAACUUUACUGCUACCCCCGUGAGAGGUCAUUAACCUUUGCCGAUACAGAUUUUUCGGUUGUAUCGCCAAAAUGAAGGGCCCGAGAGGAAAAAUGUUCGAACAAAAAUUGUUCUACGCAAAAUUUCCUACCAGCGUGACCAGUUCAGCUUUUCUCAAAAUGGUGAUUUCACAAUUACUAAGGAGGGGGUAAAGUUGUCAAUUUUAUGAAAAUUGUUUUAAAAAUGAAAAUCGACAAUCUAAAACGUGAAUUCCAUUCACAGUAGACUCGAAAAUAUUUUGACCAAAGUUGCACACCGCAACUUGUCCGCAACCCCCGCAAGAGGUCAUUAACCUUUGUCAAUCUACGUUAAUUUCAAGUGCAAAAGUGUUUUCUAUUUUUGGUAAAUUUUUGAAAAUCAAAUUUAGGCCAAACAUGAGAGAAAAAUCAAAAUUUUACCAAAUUGAUUUAGAAGGAUGAAAUUUGGAAUAUAUCCUACUUUCGACCUGCCCAAUCGAUUAGAAACUGUUUCAAACCAUUUUAAGCAGUUUUGGAGCCUCCAGCAGAUUUUUGAAACUUGAAAUUCCCACAAAAUUCUAUCAAAAGCAUUUGGAAAGCUAACAUUCAUUCUGUAAACUAAUUUCAAUAGGCUAGGGGGUCGACUGCUAGUAGCUUUCAAGUCGUUUCGGAGCCUCCAGAGACUUUUUGGAAAUUACUGGAGCCUCCAGUAGAUAUUUCAAUGCUCGAAAUUUCCAUAAAAAUUUACCAAACAGAGUUGGAAACCCAAAAUUCACCCUGUACUUCAAUUUCAAUGCGCUAUCGAGUCGACUGCAGGUUGGUUCAAGUCAGUUUGGAGCCUCCAGCGACUUUUUGAAAAUUCCUGGAGCUUCCAACAGAUUUUAGAAUUUUAAAAUUUCAUAAAAAACAGUUGCAAAGCUGAAGUUUACUCUGUAAUCUGAUUUCAAUAUGCUAUGAAGUCGACUAUUCGUAGAUUUCAAGUCGUUUUGGAGCCUCCGGCGAUUUUUUGGGAAUUACCGGAGCCUCCAGCAGAUUUUUCAAUGCUAAAAACUUCCAUAAAAUUUUGCCAAAUAGAGACACCCCAUUUUAGACAUUACUCUGAGGUGGAUCGCAGGCAGUUUCAAUCCGUUUUGGAGCCUCCAGCGAAUUUUUAGAAACUUCUGUUUUUCAAAAAAUGCCACAAAAUCUAUCAGAAUCAACUUUUGGCUUCACAACUCCAUUUGAUGAAAUUUUGUAGAAAUUGCAAGUUUCAAAAAGUCGACUUAUUAGCGUAUUAAAAUUAUUUACAGAAUGAAUAUUUUCCGCUUUCCAAGUUCCAACUUCAUUUGAUAAAAUUUGGCGAGAAUUGCAAGUUUCAAAAAUGUGCUGGUAGAACUGCUCAAAAUGGGUUGAAAUCGUUUCCAAUCGAUUUGGCAUGUCGAAAAUAGAGUAUAUCAUAGUUUCAGCUUGAUAGCUAAAUUUGGUAAAAUUUUGAUUUUUUCCCCUUAUUUUUGGCCUAAAUUUGAUUUUCAAAAAUUUACCAAAACUUGAGAAAUAUAUUUUAACUGAAUUGGUCAUACUUGUAGAAAAUUUGGCAUCAUCAUCAUCAUUGAAUUUUGACCUGGUGAGCUGUUAAGCCUGUCUCAUUUCCGUUGAGGUUACUCUGCUUUUUAUAUCCUUUCUCAUUGUCCAUGUUUCACUUCCAUACAGCAGCAUUGGUCUUGCCAGCGUAUUGUAGAUUCUUAUUUGAAUUUUGGCUCUGACUUUUCUUGGAAGUAUGGCUUGGUUUAUAGCUCUGCUUACUCUCAGGAAUUUACUGAUCUUAAGUUGUGCGUCAACUUCUCCUUCAUAUGACAGCUCGCAUCCGAGAUAUUUAAAGUUUUUAACUUGUUCCACUGCCAGUCCAUUUGCAAUGAUUUUACUGCGUAUUGGCCCUUUCGCCUCGAAGGCCAUCACUUUUGUUUUUGACGACGAUAUUCUCAUUCUGUACAUAUCAGCUACUUUCUGAAGGUUGUACAUUGCUCUCUGCAAGUUAUCUUUGUUGUCAGCAAACACCACCUGAUCAUCAGCAAACAGCAGGGUAUUGACAUGGUCUUGUUGAUGUCUAGCCCUUUUGGCUAUGGUUUUCAGCCAUUUCUCUAAUCAUGUCAUCAAAGUAGAUGUUGAACAUACUAUGUACAUGACAUUGGGCAUCCCAGUCUUACUGCUCUUCCUAUCUUCUUUGCUUCUGACAUGUUUCCAGAUCUUACUCUUAUUGCAUUAUCCGUGUAUAUUUCUUCAAUUAGGCGUACUAUUUGUUCAUUCACUUCAAUUUUCCUCAAGAUUUCAAACAACUUCUUCCUUCAUACUCGAUCGCACGCCUUCUCCAGAUCAACGAAGCACAUGUGGGUCUCUAGGUUAUAUUCUCAUCUCUUCUCCAUCAGCAGCUUUGUAGCAUAUACUCCAUCUAUGCAUGAUCUUCCCUUUCAAAAUCCAUUUUGGCAUGCCAAUAUUAUUGGUUCCGCAUUGCUCUUGAUUUUUCUCGCUAGCAUAUUUGCAAGUAUUUUGUAAGCAGCAUUUAGUAGGCUAAUUCCACGGUAGUUUCCUGGGUCAUUUUGGUCUCCUUUUUUGAAGAUGGGUAUUACAAUUGCAGUGUGGAAGUCUUCUGGUAUGGUCACACCUGAUAGUAUUUUAUUGUAGAAAGCUAGUAGUCUCUUCUUAACGGUUAUUGUGGCAUUCUUGAAUAAGUCUGUUGGUAAUUUAUCACUGCCUGGGGCUUUUCCAUUUCUGGAGCUUUUCAAGGCUCCAUCUAGCUCUUCCCAAGAGAAUGGCUCAUACUUGUUCUCCUCACAGUUUGCCACUUCAAUUUCAUUGUCGUGGAUCACUCCAUAGGUUCACAUAGUAUUCAACCAUUUUUUCAUAGUCUGGUGGGGCAAUGUUGGCUCUGUGUACCACAUCUUCGGUCUUCCGAUAUUCUUUUUAUUAUUUUGUACACUUUUGGUUUCAGUUUGUAUGUACCCCUCUCCAUGUUUGCCACAAACCUUUCGUAUUGUUCCUGUUGUGUUUCUCUUAUCAUCGUUUUUGUCUUUCGGCACUGUUCUUUGUAUGUAGCUUCUUUUGUCUUGUUCAUUCUUUAACUCAUCCACUUCCGGAAAAGGUCUUGGUUUCUUUUUCACUGGCUUAGGAUGAUUUUAGUUCACUCACUUUUUUCCCUCCGACCCUUCAUUCCGGCGAUAUAGCAGAAUAAUGUAAAUUGACAAAGGUUAAUGACCUCUUGCGGGGGUUGCAGACAUGUUGCGGUGUGCAACUUUGGUAAAAAUAUUUUCAAGUCUACUGUGAAUGGAAUUCACGUUUUAAAUCGUCGAUUUUCAUUUUUUAAAACAAUUUUCAUAAAAUUGACAACUUUCCCUCCUCCUUUGUAAGGGUGAAAUCGCCAUUUUGAGAAAAGCUGAACUGGUCACGCUGAUAGUAAAUUUUGCGUGAAACAAUUUUUGUUCGAACAUUUUUCCUCUCGGACCCUUCAUUUCGGCAAUACAGCGAAAAACCUGUGUCGGCAAAGGUUAAGGACCUCUUGCGAGGGGGGGGGGGUAGCGGUCAAGUUACGGGGUUCAACUUUUGAUGGGUUGUUUUAGAGACCAAUCUGAACAAAUAAUGCGAAAUUCAGCUUCCCUCCCAUUUUUCCGAGGUUUGACUAAAAAUGUUGCUAAAAUGACUGGACUAUAUGCCACCAGCACCACCUUAAUUGAAUACGUUGAUUUCAGGUGUUGCUAUGCGCAUAUCAAAUUCUAAUUCAUGGAACACCUUAUGAAAAUCAACUGGCAGAAGAUAUAAAA